GUAGUAGUGGGCAUAGCAAUUCCAGAUUACAUCUACCAUGUUCCCCUUUUGAGCUGUUGUUUCUUCUCCUUUCUCCUUUAGAUUGUUUUACUUUCAAUCUCCCCGUGACUUCGCUACUGCUCUUCCGUGAUGGACCCACCGCUCUCGGGGUUUUCCUCCGGCACCGGCGAAAGGCCGUCACCGACGAGGAGGGAACUGCAGCUCCAGGGCCCUCGCCCAACUCCGCUUAGAGUCAACAAGGAUUCCUACAAAAUCAAGAAGCCACCGGUUGCUCCGCAGCCACAACAACAACCGGCUGCGGCGGCGGCUACGACGACGACCCAGAAUCAGCCGGUUAUUAUCUACUCGGUGUCUCCAAAAGUGAUUCACACGACGGUGAGCGAUUUCAUGGGCGUGGUGCAGCGGCUGACGGGGUCGUCGUCCUCUUCGCAGCUGGGGCAGACGUCGGGGUCUAGCAGUGGAUCCGGCGACUUGUCCCCGGCGGCGAGAUUAGCUUCGAUUGAGAAAACAAGUCCGUCAGAGAGAGAAAGGGAGAGACACAGAGACACGGGGCCUAGCGAACAAAUUGAAGUAUCGGCGAUAAUCGAAAAUUCAAGUGUUGAAAUGGGGCAGAUCCCGGGAAUAUUAUCGCCUGCGCCGACGUCGUUACUUCCGAUAUCUCCACCGGGGCUGUUCUCUCCGGCGUCGGACCCGUGGAUGUUGAUGCAGCUGAACAACAUGUUUCCCAGCCCGUCGGCGUUGUUUUCAGCUCCACUGGUUUCUCCUUCUCCUUCCUCAUUACAUGAUCUCUCCCCAUUCUUUGACUUUUGAUCAGAAUUCACGUACAAGCAGUAGUGAGUGAUUGUUGGAGAAAAUUGUUGUGAUGAUAUGCAUGGUGCAUUAUAGGAGCUGAGGAAGCUAAGCAGCAUUUCUGCACUUGGAUCUGGGUCUGGAUGGGAUCAGAUAAACGUACAUACUCGCAGGCCGGCCUUUUAAUUGUACGUUUUGGGAGAUGCAGGCCUGGCCUGCCUCACCACUCCUCGCCCAAGUCUAUCCACUCAAAGUUUAGUUUACAUUUUUUUUUUUUUUGAAAACAGUUUAGUAAGCUACAUAUUUAUUUAUUUUUAUGAAGAGAAAUCCCAAGCAAAA